AUGCCAUACGUCCCAUACACAAACAUCCUCGACGUCGACAUUCAGGACAUCCCCCAAACCGCCCUUCGGGACGUCGUUCUCACAACCGCUCUCUCGAAGCCGAGCUCCGGAUUCACGCUCAACCCGCUGGGCGUCGCCGGGCUUUUCGGCGGGGACAGCGCCGUUCACGGGAUGGCGACGGCGAACCUCAUCCGGAACCGCCGCUGGUUCGGGUGGUACGACACCCCAGGCAGCUACGAGAUCGCGAAGAAAUUCGGCCCGCUCGGCCGCUGGAAGCUCUGCGACGGCUUCUUCCCCGGGGGCGAGCGCCACCCCGCUCGGCUCUUCGGGCUCGAGGGGAAGGAGGGGGCGCAGUUCCUCGCGGUGCACUCUGGCUCGAACUUUGCGCGGACAGGACAUCUCGCGUACCUCCAUCAGGAAGAAGGCGCGCGCACCACGCCCACGACCGUGACGAUCGUCGAUCUUCCGCACGUGCCCGACGAGUCCGUGCGGCCGAGCCUCAGCACACCCGUGAGGGUCUCAGCGUUCUACGCACUGGUGCCGAUCCUCGUGAGCUGGGCCGGAUCCGUGCUCUGCGCGCUCGUGGCGGAUUGGUUCUGCGUCGCGAGCAUCGCGUUGGGCAUCCUCGCGAACGGACUCGCGUGCUUCUCAUCGGCUCCGGGAACCUGA